ACCUUAAACCGUUACGGACGCUUCGAUCCUUCAGUCUGAGACAACUCAUCGUUCAAACCAGUGUUUUCUUUACCUUUAAAUUAGUUUUUGGUUUAUGAAAAAAAAAUUUAUUACAAUGAAGAGAUUUUAUUUAAUAUUUAUGCUUUUACUACUUCGUGAGACAAAUUCUAGGCCUCUGAGAAAAGAUCCUGCAUUUGCUAAGCCUGUAUAUUCCAAUUCAUAUCUACCAGCUGCCAUGCAGGUAAUUUUUUAUGCUGUUGAACAGCUUAAAGCUUUUCAAAAUGAAGAACCAGAGCCAAUAACAACAGUAAUAUCAACGACUAUACCUACAACAAUGUCUCACGAGCCAGGACAGCAUCAGCCGAAACCCACGGAAGCUGUGAUUCAACAAUUCUCAACUGAGAAACCUGCAUUAAGUCAAGAAGCAUCUGUAGUUGAACUAGAAACUUCAAAUACCAAUGAAAGCACUCCUUCAAGUAAUCACGAAAUGCCAGAAUUAGGCGAAGAAACGCCAGAAGCAAAUUAUGGAACUCCUGAAAUAAAUCAUGAGAUGCCAGAGGAAAUUCAUGAAACACAAGAAGUCAAUCAAGAAAAUCCACUCCCUGAAAAAAACGAAGAAAAACCAGAAAGUAACUCAAAUGAUAAAUUUCAAACUACAACGAUUGCGAAUGAUGACGUAAGUCAACAGGAUAGUCAAUCUAGUUCUUCUUCUUCAUCAGAAGAGAAGCAGUCAGAAAAUGAGAAAAAUAAGAGAGAGCCUACAGUUGAUAGUGUCGUUAAAGAAAUUUAUGGGAUCAUGAAGCCACAGGAUAAUAGUCAAGAUUCAUCGGUGAAAUCCGAGUCUAAGAAAUCAAAAAAACCUGACAACGACAGUGAAGAAGAUGAAGAAGAAGACGAUGAUAACGAUGAUAAUAGAUUCACAUUACUCGGAGAAAAAGUAUCUCAAGUUCCACGGCCAAGUUUAUCAAAUUAUCUACGUCGUUCUUCAAAGACACCACCAAAAUGUUCUAUUCAACAACUAGCUCUGCUUUAUGACGCACUGAGUAAAGACGCGAGAAAGCAGGGAUUUGCUAAGUUCUCAGGUUACUCUGAUGAAGUUUUGAAAACCUUACAAGCGUCUGCCGAGGGUGGCAUUGGUCCACAACUUCAAAAGCUUUUAGAAAAAAUUCUCGAGAGAAAUGAAGUCACGAGAGAUGACGCCAAAGUUAAGGUUGUGGAAAUGCUUAAAGAAUUGAAUAAUCCCGGAAGUGAAAUCAAUAGAGACUUGAGACGUUUGCUUCCAUUACGUUUUAAUCCAUGAUUUAUUAAUUAUUAAAGUGAUCUAUAUUUUUACUAUAUUUAGUUCAUAAUCAUUAAGCAUUAUAUCAUUUUCUACCUUCAUUUUUAUCAUGAUAAUGUAAAAUGACAAAAGUGAUAAAUAAAUUUU